AUGCUGUUCUUCAGUUUCUUCAAAACCCUCACCAACCAAGUCGUCACCGUCGAGCUCAAGAACGACAUCCGCAUCCGCGGCACCCUCAAGUCCGUCGACCAGUACCUCAACAUCAAGCUGGACGACGUCGACGUCCUCGAUCUCGACAAGUACCCGCAUCUGUCGUCUGUUAAGAACAUGUUUAUCCGUGGGAGCGUGGUGCGCUACGUGGUCCUGCCGCAGUCGGAGGUUGAUCGGGGAUUGCUGGAGGAUGCGACAAGGAGAGAGGCUGCCAACCAAGCAAGCAAGGCUCGAUGA